AGAAGUGCUUAGAGUACAGCCUGGCACAUAGCACAUGCUGAGGAGUGUCAGAGUUCACUGCUAUUCUUAUCUUGAUUAUGGAGUGACAGCAGGCACAGAGACAGGACAGCAGCCAAAUGCCCCCCAGGCUCUUGAAUCUGUGUCUCAUGAAGUGCUGCCGUUUUCCCUAGGAGGCCUUGUGGACCCCAUAUUCCUCUUUCAUUCGGUGACGGCCAACAUCAUCUGCUCCAUUGUCUUUGGAAAACGCUUUGACUACAAAGAUCACCAGUUCCUGAGGCUGCUGGACCUGUUCUAUAAGUCCUUUUCACUCGUCAGCUCCUUUUCCAGCCAGGUGUUUGAGCUGUUCCCCAACAUCAUGAAACACUUUCCUGGCCCACACAAGCAAAUCUACAAAUACAUGCAGGAAGUCAACACUUUCAUUGGCCACAUUGUGGAGGAACACUGUGACACCCUGGACCCCAGCAGCCCCAGAGACUUCAUCGAUACCUUCCUGCUCCGCAUGGACAAAGACAAGUCUGACCAGCACACUGAGUUCCACCACAAGAACCUCAUCCUGACCUCGAUUUCGCUCUUCUUUGCUGGCACGGAGACCACCAGCACAACUCUCUGCUAUGGCUUCCUGUUUUUGCUCAAGUAUCCCCAUAUCACAGAGAGAGUCCAAAAGGAAAUUGAACAGGUGAUUGGCUCACACCGCCCGCCAGCCUUGGAUGACCGAAGCAAAAUGCCAUACACUGAGGCGGUCAUCUGUGAGAUGCAGAGAUUUGCGGACAUUGCCCCCUUGGGUGCACCCCAUGUGGUCACCAAAGACACGUCCUUCCGAGAGUUCAUCCUCCCCAAGGGCACUGAAGUAUACCCGAUCCUGUCCACUGCUCUCCAUGACCCAUGUCAUUUUGAAAGACCAGACACCUUUAACCCUGAUCACUUUCUGGAUGCUAAGGGGGCACUGAGGAAGAGUGAAGCUUUUAUUCCCUUCUCCAUGGGGAAGCGAAUCUGUCUUGGAGAAGGAAUUGCCCGUGCUGAGUUGUUCCUCUUCUUCACCACCAUCCUCCAGAACUUCUCCAUAGCCAGCCCAGUGCCUCCUCAGGACAUUGACCUCACACCCCAGGAGGUUGGUUUUGGCAGAAUACCCCCAGUAUACCAGAUGUCUUACCUGCCCUGCAAGAUGCUCUGAGGGGAGGAGAAUAAACGAUUGCAGGGUCAUUGAGUGCCUA